AGAAGCAGGCCAGUGUGUCCUUGUUGAGUCCCAGCAUGGCCACAAAACUACCAUUUCGAGAAGAAUGCGAAAACUGGACCGCCAUCCAAGUUGCAGAUCUCCUGAGACAGUCUGGGAUGCAUGACUGUGGCAGGAUAGUGGAAAAAUUAAACAUAGAUGGAGAUCGGUUUUUGAACUUAUCAGAAUAUGAAAUGAACAGAUUCUGUAUAAUGGACCAGCCGCAACUUCAAAAGAUAGUACACGAUAUCAAGAAAAAUGACAGUGGAAUAAUGAGCAAAUUCAAAAAGUUCCAUACUGAACCCGUGGCCUUUAUUUGCAAAACUGGAAAAAAUACAUGGGAUCGGCUAACAAGUAAACCACCACCAAGUGUGCCACCAGUAGAUUAUGUUCCAGAACAUACUGAGGAUGAGGAUCAUUGGACAGAUGAGUUUGAUAGUGAUUAUGAAAAUCCUGAUGACCACUCUGAUUCUGAGAUGUAUGUGGUUCCCACUGAAGAGAACUGCGAUGACAGCUAUGAGCCCCCUCCAAGUGAGCAUGAAGAAAAGAAGAUUCCAGCAGCCUUCUCAUAUUCAGGAGAAGACUAUGCGGACAACAAACGACUUAGCCAACAGAAGCCUUGGCCCAGUGCAAAGCCGCCGCCUACUCUGCCAAGCCAAUAUUCAUCUAAACAAAGGAAAAUGGCUACUUUGCUACCACCGUCUGCUGCUCUGAAGCCAAAACUCCCACCGAAACCAACAGAUGACGAGGCAGAUUAUGUUGUACCUGUUGAUGAUGAUGAAGAAGAUGAUAAUUAUAUUAAACCCACAGGAGAAAGCACUCCACAACUUCUAAAACCCCCAGCGGUCAUCAGAACUAACAAGCCGCCAUCGAAACUUGAUCCUCCCAGCUCAUCUGCAUUGCCUCCUGUUCCAAUGUCACCUUCCUCAUUAGAUGUCUAUGAAAUUCCUGAGGAAGAGGAAAAGUCACCGCCUCCGUUAAACAGCAUUCCCAAGCCGCCGCCUCCAGUGCCUGUCCAGAGACCAUCUGGAGGACAUUUUCAGGAACGCAACUCGGCUAAAGAAUCCUUUAAACCCGACGUGUUUAAAACAGACAGAAAAAUUUUGCCUCUUCCGAGACACCGUCCUCUGCCAAAAAUUGAACCCGAUGGCCUCAGAAUACAAGAUGAUGAACAUCACCACAGCAAUUGUAUUCCAGAUUUCAAGUUUCCUUCUGUUACAGUUCCAUCUCCAUUUCCAAGGAUUACGAAAAAACUACCAAGUCCAGCUAUACCAUCAAAACCAAGCCUCCCUGACAAAGACCUCCUAAACGUUACUGAAGUUAAGCCUAUACCAGCUGAACGCCGACGGGGUUCCAGCCAUGAUAUCCCUCUUCCUCCCAUCCCACCUGGUAUCCAAAAGCCACUGCCUCAGAAGCCGCCCACCUUGCCAAGAUCACCAGAACCUGCGAAGCGCACCUUAGGUACACCACGCAAUAGCAUCCAAGUUGGUUUUACAACAGCAGAACAGGAUGCAGACGUUCAUGGCAAAGCAUGGUAUAUGGCUUCUAGUGAACGGAAAACAGCGGAGGAUGCAUUAUACAAAUCAAACAAGGAUGGAUCAUUCCUAGUAAGGAAGAGUUCCGGGCAAGACUCAAAGCAACCAUAUACACUAGUUGUGCUUUAUAACAGAAGAGUAUAUAACAUUCCAAUCCGGUUUAUUGAAGCAACAAGACAAUAUGCUCUCGGUAGAGAAAAAAGUGGUGAGGAGCGCUUCAACAGUGUGGCAGAAAUAAUAGAGAAUCAUCAACGGACUUCUCUCGUCCUCAUUGACAGUCAAAACAACACAAAAGACUCAACCAAACUUAAAUAUAUUACUAGCGUUUCAUAACUGCAUUGAAGAUGCACCAUGAAAGACCUUCCAGCCCUUAUCAUCCAGGAGUUUGAAACUGAGCAUAUGAAUAAGCAUGCAAACCUAUUAUUAGAAGGAUGUUCUCCAAAAGCUGUGUCAGCAAGCACCACACUUUAAGUCCACACAAUUUGUAAGAGAACAGAUUUAAUUUGAUAGUUAUACAGUGUUAGAGUAAACAGCCGGUGAGUUCAAUUUAUUAUGAAGUGGUCAUUCUGAAGUCUAUCCAGUGCCUAAGUUGUCAUGUACUUGAGGUAUAUGUUCUUUGAAAGACAUUCUACACUCAUGAGAAGCAAAAGGCCUCAAUGACAUGGAAUUUAUUAAAAGAACUGUACCUGCUAGUUUAUUCUUACUAACCUUCCUGGUAAAAUUCAUGUUUGUCAAACCUAGAAUGUUUAUGUCAAAACAAGAAAUUAUACAAGCUAAACUCAGGAUUUUGAUUCUGGGAAUAGAAAUAUUUUUAAAAAUCAGGGUUUUGGUGUAAUGUAAGAUUUGUACCGGUUUUGGCUGUAUUUCUUGGAACCAUUGCUUUUUUAAAAAAUUAAUUGUACAUAUAAGAAUAUAAAAAGAAUUACUAUGCACAGAGUGUACGAAUAUAUAAUUGUGAUCUGGAGUACCUUAUUGUAGCUCUUUCACAUUUAAAUUACAUCUUAUCUACCUCUCAAAUGUUAAGAAUGGAACUUAAUUGAAUGCCUCUGAAUUUUUAGAUAAGUCAACAGACAAAUUCCUUGUUUACAAUUGUGAGCACCCCACAAUGAUCAGAUCAAAGAGUUUUCAGCUUGAAUUUGGGGGGGUUAGGCUACACACUUUUUAAGCCAC